AUAAAUCCACAUUUUCACAGAGAUCCAGACAACACCAGAGAGAAUUAAAUUAUUUUAUUAAGUUUUCAAACUAACUCGUCACAUUUAACAUAUGCCUCAAGGCUACGUUAAGGGCUAGCACCUUUAGAAGCCUGAAACACAUCUGUAACGACAGCACAGCUGUAUUUGAGCUAUCUGAGUGUGUGUCUUUUGAGAGAGAGAGCAAUUCAGGCCAGUCUGACUGGAGCUCCUCAGGAUCUGACUGCAGCUCUGGGACUCUGCCACAGACAUGCACUGAGACCUGACCUGCUCCAAUCUGGAUGGAUCAGAGACUACAGACAAAAUCAUCUCCACCAAAGUUGGAUGUUUUGCUUUGAAGCGUUGCUGGGAAGUGUUACUGACUUCUGCAAGGUUGAGAUAACCAGACUGGAAUAAUGUCCAUGGACUGGCGUGGAGGUGAAAGGCUGCUUAUAGGCUUGUUUUUGAUGCUUAUCCUGAGGCUCAGCUGCUGUGCUGGACAGAGCUAUGAACGCUGGGAGGCCGGGUCCUCAUGCUAUGGAGGGUUUGACCUUUACUUUGUGCUGGACAAGUCUGGAAGUGUACAGUACCACUGGAAUGAAAUCUACUAUUUUGUUGAUCACCUUGCACACAAGUUCAUCAGCCCCCAGCUCCGCAUGUCCUUCAUAGUCUUUUCAACGGAGGGAAGAAUCCUGAUGAAGCUGACAGAAGACAGGGAUCAGAUUAGUGCUGGACUGGAGGAACUUCAGAGAGUCUUGCCAGGAGGAGAUACCUUCAUGCACAAAGGUUUUCAGAGGGCAAGUGAGCAGAUAUACUAUGGAACAGGUGACGGAUACCGCACAGCGAGUGUCAUCAUUGCUCUGACAGAUGGAGAAUUGCGCGAGAAUGAAUUUGACUUGGCAGCCAGAGAGGCGGGUCGCUCACGUCAGCUGGGAGCUUCUGUGUACUGUGUAGGAGUGAAGGACUUUAAUGAAACCCAGCUGGCAACUAUAGCUGACAGCAAAGAUCAUGUCUUUCCUGUUAAUGAUGGCUUUGAAGCCCUGCAAGGGGUCAUUGAUUCGAUCCUGAAGAGAUCCUGUAUAGAAAUCCUCGCCGUGGAGCCCUCAAGUAUUUGUGCAGGAGAAUCUUUUGAAGUGGUAGUUCGAGGAAACGGAUUCCUUCACGCCCGUGAUGUGAGCAGAAUCCUUUGCAGUUUCUAUAUCAACAACACCCUCACCGUGAUGAAGAGGCCUCUGGUUGUCGAAGACACGUACCUGCUCUGCCCAGCACCGGUACUGAAGGAGGAGGGAACGACUGCCUCCCUCCAUGUCAGUAUGAACAACGGCCUGAGUUUUAUCUCCAGUUCUGUGACCAUCACCACUGUGAGCUGUGUGAGUACAGUAACCCUGCAGGGCAGCAGUGCCAAGCCCACUACCACUGUUACACUGGGCAGAGCCACUGCCAGUACCACUACACUGGGCAGUUCCUCUAGUUCAGCUCCAUCUGCAGUCUGCCCUCUGAACACAACCGACGGAACGUUCUUGGCCAUAGCACUGCUGAUACUGCUGCUGCUGAUCGCUAUGGCAACACUCUGGUGGUUUUGGCCCCUCUGUUGCACAGUGAUUGUCCAUGAGCCACCGCCACCAGUCAUGGACGACAGUUCGGAUGAAGAGGAUGAAGCUUACCCAAAGAAGAAAUGGCCAACAGUGGAUGCCUCGUAUUAUGGUGGGAGAGGAGCUGGCGGCAUUAAAAGAAUGGAAGUGCGCUGGGGAGAUAAGGGAUCCACUGAAGAAGGAGCCAAACUGGAGAAGGCAAAGAACGCUCGGGUGAAGAUGCCAGAGCAAGAGUUUGAGUUUCCGACCACUCGGACUCUAAACAAUGGCAUGCGGAAACCCAUCUCCCCUCAGAAGUGGUACUCGCCAAUCAAGGGGAAACUGGAUGCCCUGUGGGUGUGGCUUAGGAGAGGAUAUGACCGCGUAUCUGUGAUGAGACCUCAGCCGGGAGAGAAGGGUCGCUGCAUGAAAUUUACCCAUGUGAAAUCCUGCCCGCCCCCUCGAUACCCGCUUUACAACAACCCAUCAAGCCACAUCUACACCCUCCCCCAGAGCAGAUGCCCUCCUGUCCCGCAGGGCACCCUACCGCCCACCCCGCGCUGCUCCGCCCACUCUCCAACCUGCACCCUGCCCCCUCUGCCAUUAACCCCGCCCCCAGCAUCCAUAACCCCUCCCCCUUACACACCACCUCCAACCAGAGCUCUUCCUCCUACCUGUCUGAACAUCAGUGUGACUCUGCCUCCUUCUCCGCCCACACCACCAACAAGCUUCCUGCCUCCGCCCCCUCUGGUGGCUCCGCCCGGACGAGCCCCACCCCCUUCUCGUCCACCGCCUCGCCCAGGCCCUGAUGAACCACAGUGCUACCAGGACUGAGUAGAAGUGAUUUGCACAAUUAAAACUGUUGGUUACACCGGUACAAAAAUUAAGGGCUAAAUUUUUCAGGCAUUAGAAAGAAGCAACGUGAUUGUUAUAAAUGCAAUGGCUGCAAACGAGAUUUAACGUGGCUGUGACUGUAUUAUUGCAUAUUGGAUAUUCUGAUUAGGUUGACAAACAAGACGUUGAUUUUCUAAAACUGCACAUCUAUGAAGUAGCUCGUGGUUUGUUGACUUUCAAUAUCACCUUGCCCUGUUCUUUAUGAAUUGUUUUGAGGUUUCAGAGUAACAGAAUGUCAAAGAGAGUCAGAUGAAAAAAAUCUGAAAGAGAUAAAUUAUAAGGAUUUGGAGUUUUUAAAAUGAAAAACUUUACAUGUUUUUGAUUUGCAUAAAAAUUUCCAUCCAUUUGGAUUACACCGUUCACAUAUAAACUUAAUGCGAUGCAUAUUCAUCAACCACUCAAAAACAGGAUUUUUGCAUUAGCACUAAUAAACUAAAUGAGUUUACACAAUAG